AAUGAUCCUUACACUGCUUUUUCUUCUCAAUGCUCACAAGGGGAGUGCCUAAAAGAGAGAAAAAAAUGAAUACAAAUCUGCAAUUGAUUUUCAUAAUGUUUCUGCGGUGUUUGAAAACCAAUCGUUUUUGAACCUCUCUCAGAUCUUACCUAAGUGAACCCUCCUACGCAUCUAAGUGCUCCGGACUGAUAUAUGGCAAUAUCUACUGGGGCAUCACGUGUUCCUGGGGAGAGACUAAGACGGACAGCGCGUCAUCCAGCCAUCCCAAAUUUUUCCCCCUCUGCAGAUCGCCUCCAAAACAUCUAUCUAUAGAGCCAGAAAGGGAGAAAGAUGUUUAACUCGGUUAACCUGAGCAACUUUUGUUCGCAAUCGCGCAAAGAGAGGAGUGCUGAAUUUGGAGACCGGACAGGCUGCGCUUCCAACCUGUACCUCCCCAGCUGCACCUACUAUGUCCCUGAAUUCUCUACUGUCUCCUCUUUCCUGCCCCAGGCCCCUUCUCGGCAGAUCUCCUACCCUUAUUCCACCAACCUUUCCCAGCCAGUGCGGGAGGUAUCCUAUGGGCUAGACCCCUCCAGUAAAUGGCACCCUAGGAGCAACUACGCCUCCUGCUACCCUGCAGCUGAGGAUCUGAUGCACAGAGAGUGCCUCCCUCCUUCUUCUAGCAUGACCGAAAUGCUAAUGAAAAACGAAAGCGUGUACAGCCAUCACCACCACCACCACCAUCACCACCAUCCCACCUCCAACCACCCCUCAACGGGCUUCUACUCCAGUAUGAGCAAAAACAGUGUGCUGCCCCAAGGAUUUGAUCGCUUCUUUGACAAUGCUUACUGUGGGACAGAGAGCCAGGGAGAGGACUGUGUGCCCAAGAGCGAUGCCAAGAUGGACAGUGACCCCCAAACCAGCGCUCUGUCAUCCGGAGCUGAGCAGGGACUAGACCCGGAAGACGAAGAGGAAAAUACAAACCCGGGCUCGUCAGCCUCAUCCUCUUCUGUCACCAAUAAGGAAGGGAGCAAGAGCAGCAAUUCCAGUGCUCCUCGUACAAGAAAGAAGAGGUGUCCCUACUCUAAGUUCCAGAUCCGAGAAUUGGAGAGGGAGUUUUUCUUCAAUGUGUAUAUUAACAAAGAGAAGAGGCUUCAGUUGUCCAGAAUGCUGAAUCUCACUGACCGCCAGGUUAAAAUUUGGUUUCAGAACAGAAGAAUGAAAGAAAAAAAACUUAGCAGGGACCGACUGCAGUACUUUUCCGGGAACCCAUUGCUGUGAACUUAAUUUUUUUUUUUUUUUGGUGUAAAAAUCAUGCACUGUACUUGUGGAGAGUGGAUCUUACAGCAUGGCUUGUCCUCUGAGUCCUCAAUCAUGCUCAGAGUCUGAGCUUUCUCUCUUCCAUGUUUCUAUAUGAACAUUACCAGGUAACUGAGGUACCUUUUGCCAGGAGCACUUGGUGUAAUUGAAACAAUUUACAGACAGAUAUUGAGACUUCUUUUUUUCUAUUUAAUGUUGAAGAAGUGGAUUUCUGCAGAGCUAGAUCAUCCAAUUAAAAUCUACAGCUGUGAAAACAAAGCUAUCAUGCCACUGUUUUUAGAGCUAAAAAGGACGCGCUAGUCACUAUGAAGAUAAUGGCCAAAGUUUCUAUGAUUAAUCAGUGAAUCCUGUUUGGGAGUGUUUGUGUCUGCGUGUGUGAGUGUGAGUGUGAGUGUGCACAUUUGUAAAUUGCGUUUUCUCUCUGUCACUGUAUACGUUGCCUUUGGUACUCAGCAUCCACACACGUUCAUCUAUUUAAUAUCAAUGCUAUGUAUAUUUUAUAUGUACAAAGUGCAGCUAUAUGUGUGAUAAGGGUGCUGUUAUAGUUGGGUGUUUAAAGUAAACACAUCAAGCAUAAGCUCAUGUGUGUGUGUGUGUGUGUAUAUAUAUAUAUAUAUAUAUAUAUAUAUAUAUAUAUACAAACACAAUCUGUGUGCGCGUAUGCAUGUGUAUUUAUGUCUUUUUAUAUUGCAUUGGUAUGUGAGUUGUAAUAUGUUUUACAUUUACUUCCCCUUUAACACGAUGUUUAAUUUUUAUAGUUUUGUUAUUUGCAAUCUCCUUUCAAUGGCUCAUCGGGGUCCCAGUGUUAUGGGAGGUGCUUCGAGAUCUGUAAAUAUCCCCAUUUAAUCAAAAGACAAAGCAGGGCGAGCCCGGUGGAUGAAAGAGUGCAAUACAGUGGGAAUAGUAACUGACAAGCUGCCAUUCUGCUCUUACCUAAUUUUGUUUGGCCCAAAGAAUGCUACUGUACUUUGUAUCCUCAUGCCAUUUUUACUGGCUGUAAUUCGUCAUAUUUCAUCUUUAUGGGGCAACAACAAAAUAAUUAUACAAAGAUAUUAAUACUAUUUUUGUUUCUGUUGUUUGAGAAUAGUUUUGACUUGUAAAGCCAUUUUGUUUAGCAUUUCAUUAGAAUCCCGGCAAUGUUAUACACAUAAGCACAAUUAAUUCGUUUAUGAUAGGAUAAUAACCAUUUAGAUAAAUUAUAGAUCCGAAUCCUCCCAUAGAUCAAACUGUUAAUGAAUAAAGACUUCCACAUAUCAGCAACGUUUCAUGCAUGUAUCUUUCUGUAUUAAUAAAUAAACAAGCCCUCUUUAUUAUUGUU